AUGCACCCGUCCGAGGCCAAGGGUUCGCGACUGUCGCGCUCGAAGGAGCGGGCGCCCAGCUGCCCGGACCGCGCUGACAGGGAGAACACGAAGCUGCUGCAGGUGGCUGGCGUCGGCCCGCGCCGGUUCUACGGUGACUCGGCCGAAGCCGGCGGCUCGCUGUCCGCCGCCAGCCCACAGAUGCGGCCGCCGCCGUCGCUGCGCAAGUCCGGCGAGGGCGACAAGAACCCGCAGCUGCACUGUGGCAAGGCGCAGGCGGCCAGCCGCGGCCUGCAGCUAGUCCCGGCCAUCCGGCCGCUCGACUCCGACAAUGAUGGCAAGGACCCUUUGUAUAUCGGCCUACCCAACUACGGGAACUCCUGCUAUCAGAACGCCACCCUGCAGUCGCUGCUGGGCCUGCGACCGUUCCUCAGUGAGAUGAUUUCCCUGAUCUCGGGCCUGGACGAGAGCGGCCAGUGCCGCACGCUGCGUGCCGUCGCCAAACUGAUGGUGCUGCGCCAGAAGGCACUCAGCAAAUCAGUCUCUAGCCAUCUCAACGAUCUGCGCGACGUGUUCGCCGACAUCGACCCGGCGUUCAGAGGUACCGAGAUGCAGGACGCCAAUGAGUUCUUGCUGCGCCUGCUAGACACUAUGAAGGGAGAGAUCGACGCGCGGCGACCGACCGACAACCCGGUGCGAGACAACUUUCAGUACCAGGUCGUCGAGAGCUACAUGUGCACCAAGUGUCAUGAAACGGCGCUGAAGCGGCAAGAAAACAUAUGCUGGUUUGUCAGAGUGCCGCGCCGCCAGGGCACGGAGACGCCCACGCUGCAGGACGCACUGCGAAUGUGCAUGCGGCCUGACCGGCGCGAGCGGCUCUGUCAGCACUGCCAGCAUGAUGAGUGCCGCGUCACCACCAAAAUCAGCCAGCUGCCCAGGACGCUGAUACUACAGCUCAACCGGUACGUCUUCCUUGGGGGGGAAUCGAAGAAAAUCCGCGCCAAUGUCGGCAUUCCCAAGUUCCUUUCACUGAACGAAUAUGUCGCGGAUGACGUCACCCGGCCUCCCGAGUGGAAGUGCAGGAAGCCUUCCCUGUGCACCCUCUCCGACUUCGAGGAGUCUGAGGCGCCCAGGUCGGCGCAGGAUGAGCUGGUGGUGCUGGACGCUGACUCCGAGUCCAAACCGGCGCGGACCCGCGAGGACGAAGAUGGCGAGCUCCAGGAAGCCAUCGUGAGGUCGCUGGGGAAGGGAGCGCCGGCCGACACCUCGGAGCAGGCACAUCUCUCGGAUUUCUGCGUGGAAGACGGCCAGUCUCUCUGCUCAGUGGACCUGGCCGGCGACUUUACCUACCGGCUGGUGGGCAUCGUCAGCCACUACGGCGGCGCCACGCACUCCGGACACUACGUGUCGGACGUCUACAGCGUCGGCAGGGACCGUUGGUACCACUAUAACGAUAGCCGAGUCAGCUGUGUCGACGAGGCCGACAUUAUGGGCGAGGGACACCAGAGAAACGGCUACAUAUUCUUCUACCUCCACAAAGACCUAUAUAACCAAGUGGUCAGCGCAGAGGGAGCCGGCGGGGCGCUGUAA